CAAAUUAGAAUUAGGUUUUCAAGUUGUGGACCUUGGAGCUCCGACUGAGACUUACACAGAUAGUGGAGCAGAAAUUUGGGGUUUAGGGUUUUGGGAGAGUAAAGGAAGCUGGUUACUGCGAAAAGUAGAAGAAGAUGGUGAGGCUGACUGCGGAUUUGAUAUGGAAAAGCCCACACUUUUUCAAUGCGCUUAAGGAGAGAGAGCUGGAUCUUCGAGGUAAUAAGAUACCUGUAAUCGAAAACUUGGGAGCUACAGAGGACCAAUUUGACACCAUUGAUUUGUCUGACAAUGAAAUUGUGAAGCUGGAAAACUUGCCCUAUCUUAAUCGUUUGGGUACUUUGAUUAUCAAUAACAAUAGAAUUACCCGCAUCAAUCCCAACAUUGGAGAGUUCUUGCCAAAGUUACAUACUUUAGUACUUACCAACAACAGGCUAGUGAACUUGGUAGAGAUUGAUCCUCUUGCAUCCCUUUCAAAGUUGCAGUAUCUUAGCCUGUUGGAUAACAACAUCACAAAGAAACCCAAUUAUAGGCUGUACGUGAUUCACAAAUUAAAGUCGCUUCGGGUUCUGGAUUUUAAGAAAGUGAAAGAUAAGGAGAGAUUGGAAGCAAAAACUUUGUUUGCAUCUAAAGAAGUUGAGGAGGAGGCUAGAAAGGUAUCCCCAAAGAAAUUUGUGCCCGCUGAGGAUACAGAAAUGGCCGAGGAACAACAGACUCCAAAAGUGGUUGCCCCCACUCAGGACCAAAUUAAUGCUAUCAAGGCUGCCAUAGUGAAUUCUCAGACUCUUGAAGAGGUUGCAAGACUUGAACAGGCACUGAAGUCAGGUCAGCUUCCUGCAGAUUUGAAAAUUUUGGAUGAGGAUACUCCAAUGAAUACUGUUAAAGACAAGGAUGAUGAAAUGGCUGUCACUAAUGAAAAUGAGGCCAAUGUUGAAGUAAAAGAUGUGGAGGAACAGAAGAACAAUGAAGCAGAAUCAAUGGAUCAGGAAUAGAAGGGUUCUGUUUGAAUUCCAGUUUCAUAAAGCUUGUCCUAUUUGAAUACCCUGGUGGCGACUGGAAAUUUUAUUGUUAGGAAAUUGUGAUGUUCCGGAUCUUUGUUGUUCAAUAUAUGAGGAAUUUUGUGACUUGUUAUAUUAGACAUGACAACAAAUCUUCUGCCCUAAUUAACUGAUUCUAAUUUUCCCUUUUCCAACGAGUUUAAAACAGCAGAAGGGAAUA